UACGGCGCUAAAAUUUAACGGCCGUGUUUUUCUGGCUUUUCCUUCUUCUGGUUAAACCCUCGGCGCUGUGAAGGCGGAGCAAGGAUGGCGACGACGGCGGCGGAGACGCAGGGAGUAUUGUCAACGAAGGAGGCCGACAUUCGGAUGAUGUUGGCCGCCGAUGUCCAUCUCGGCACCAAAAACUGUGACUUUCAGAUGGAGCGUUACGUCUUCAAACGCCGGAAAGACGGCAUUCACAUAAUUAACAUCAUGAAGACAUGGGAAAAGCUCUAUCUUGCGGCUAGGGUCAUUGUUGCCAUUCAGAAUCCAAAGGACAUAAUUGUCCAAUCGGCCAGGUCUUAUGGCCAGAGAGCUGUUUUGAAGUUUGCUCAGUAUACUGGAGCUCAAGCUAUUGCUGGGCGUCACACUCCGGGAACAUUUACCAACCAGAUGCAAACUUCUUACAGUGAGCCUCGCCUUCUUAUCCUCACUGAUCCCAGAACUGAUCAUCAGCCAAUCAAAGAAGCUGCUCUUGGGAAUAUUCCUACAAUUGCUUUCUGUGACACUGAUUCACCAAUGCGCUAUGUUGAUAUUGGCAUCCCAGCAAACAACAAAGGUAAGCACAGCAUUGGUGUUCUGUUCUGGCUCUUGGCAAGGAUGGUUCUGCAGAUGCGUGGCAGUAUUGCUCCUGGUCACAAUUGGGAUGUGAUGGUGGAUCUUUUCUUCUUUAGGGAGGAAAAAGACAAGGAAAAAGAGGAUCCUGAAGCUCCCGCCGCCCAAGAUUAUGACUACUCGAGUGCUGCGCAUGGCGGUGAGUGGACAACUAACCAGAUUGCAGAUUCCCAAUGGAAUCCUGACCUAGCCAGUGUUGCUCCGGCCGUGGAUAGUUGGCCUGCAGGCAAUGCCUCUACAUGGGAAACUGCCGACGCCCCGAUUGCGGUGCCUCAGGGCGUCGUUGGCGAAGUCGCUGCCGCCUGAUGGGAUUAAAGCCUACUGUUCCUUCAAGAGCUUUUCGCAGGUCUGCCGGGUUGGUGGGUGCGGUGUUUAUUUUACAGUCUUUGUAGGUAGCUUUGCAAAGGAAAUUUUGAAUAGUUAUUUUAAUUAUUGUGCGAAUGAACUUCACUUCCGAUCUACCCGAUCCCUGCUGGAAUGACCGGAUCGGUAUCUAUAUUACAUUUUGUGAGCCGUUUAUACCACCAUUUUUUGUUUCUGUUUGGCAGUGUAGUUUUACCUGCGGUGAGAGAGACAACCCAAUUUAUAGCACUACUCUUUCGGUUCAAAAUUGAAAAUAUAUCAACAUAAAUCUUCAGAAAUAGA